AUGAAUGACCCAGGAUCGCAUUAUCCACUACGAGAAAAAAUAAGCCCCGUCGAGGUUGCUCAAAAUGUUCUCCCAAAAGAACGGCAAAAACUCCCUGGAUCGCCUUCUCAACUUCAGGAUCUUGCAGUCGUAUACAAUGACAAGUUCAAAACAAGCAGGAACAUAGAGGAUCUAGAAACAGCGCUUCAGCUGUUCCGGGCGGCCUUGGAUAAGACUCCACCGGGUGAUGAUAAAAGGGCCCAUCGACUUCAUGCCCUCGCUGAUGCAUACUAUGUUAGACACCAGAGCACAAAGUCCAGGGUCGACGUGGAUAAAGCAAUCGAGCUAUUCCAGGAAGCCCUUGCUUUGACCCCUUCAGACCAUCCAGCACAGGCAUUUCGACUCCAAUGUCUAGGAACUAUGUACGGAUCCAGAUACUACAAAACAUUGGAUAUGGCAGAUAUCGACAAAGCGAUCCAGCUGCUAGAAGAAUCUCUUAACAAAACAAGCGUAGACCACCCAAACCUGGCAGACCGAAAGUUUGUCCUAGGCUGUGGAUAUAAGGACAGGUUUCCAAGGUCCAGGAAGAUGACAGAUAUCGAUAAAGCGGUUCGAUUGCUCGAAGAAGCCAUUCAACAAACUCCAUUAGGCCACGCAUACCGAGAGCCCCGACUCCACGUCCUUGGACACUCAUAUGAAUACAGAUACUACAGCAAAUGGGAUAUUGAAGACCUUCGUUUAUCAAUUCAAUGCUUCCAGGAGUCCCUGGACAAGAUGCCUCUUGACCAUCCACUCCGACCGUCUCGACUUAGCCUUCUUGGAUGCAAGUAUAGAGAUAAGUUCCAAGCAACUAUGGAGAAAACCGAUAUCGAAAAAGCGAUUGAACGACUGCAAGAGGCUCUCCACCAGACUCCCUUGGACCAUCCAGACCGACCAUCUCGACUUGAGGAGAUUGCAAAUGCAUAUGGGUGCCGCUACCAUUUGAAUCGGGACGCAAAAGAUCUUGAUUUAUCAAUCCAGAGCAUAGAGGAAUCCCUUGAGAAGACCCCUUCAGAUCAUCCAGACCGAGCGACUCGGCUUCAGACUCUUGGAGCUGGCUACCAAUAUCGAUCCGGACAGAAAGGGAGUCUAGAGGACCUUAGCGACGCAAUUCGGCUAUACUACGCGUCUCUCAAUAUAACAUCCCCGGACGAUCCACAUAGGGUAUCUCGACUUGUUUGUCUUGGAGCUGCGUAUGAAACUAGAUUCCGAAUGAUUGGGGCUGUAGCAGAUAUCGAUGCCGCCAUCUAUCUGUUCAAGGAAUCGGUUGGCAAAACUCCGCCUAAUCAUCCUGAACUAGCGGAUCGACUUCAAUGGCUCGGAAACGCACAUGAAUGCAGGUAUCUGAGGAAAGGGGACGACGAAGACUUCAAGUUGGCUGUUCAAUCACAGCAGAAAUCUCUUGAAAUUACAGCUCCACAAGACCCACGGAAGGGAUCUCGACUUUUGGAGCUCGCUAUCGUGUACAGAGACCAUUUCGGUAGGGCACGGAAUAGGGAGCACCUGGAAAGGUGCAUCCAGCUGUGUCAAGAAUCCCCUGAUAUAACGCCUUCUGAUGAUCGGUCCAAGCCUCUUCGACUUUGCAUCCUUGGAACUGGAUAUGCAUUGAGAUAUGACAUCACUCGAGCCGCGACAGACGUUCAAAUGGCACUUCGGGUGCUUGAAGAUGCCGUCCGCAUAACGAAACCCGACGAUCCUAAUUCGGCAUUCCGACUUAAUUUACUUGGAUCAACCUAUAAGAAUAGAUAUCGGGACACUAGGAAUAAGGAUGAUCUUGACAUGGCAAUACAGCGGCUUCAGGCUUCCCUUGAUCACACUCAAUCAGGAACCCAGCACCGUUUAAGCGCCGGUAUGACCUUGUAUGGGCUAUACGUCGAAGUCAAAGACUGGGCGAAAGCUUACCAAGCUGCCUCGAAGGCGGUACAUCUUGUCCCACGCCUUACAUCACGAUCUCUCGAAAAUGCCGACAAGCAAAAUAAGCUUCGCGAAGUUGUUGGCCUCGCUGGAGAUGCAGCAGCUAUUGCGCUCAAUGCUGGAAAGAACGCCUUCGAGGCUCUCCAAAUACUUGAACUUGGUCGUGGAGUGAUUACAGGAUCUCUGAGUGAACUCCGCACUGAUCUAAGAGAUCUUCAGAACCAUCACCCAGACCUGGCAAACGAAUAUGUACACCUCUGCCAGCAACUUGACCCUCCUCCCACAUUGGUUCAGGCUCCGGGCAUUCAGCAACGUGGUUUCGACCAUUGGCUUGCCGAUCUUCGGACUGAACAACAUCUUCCUGCAAUCCGAGAACUCUCUCGUGUCGAAAAAAGUCGUGACUCUUCCUGGCAGGGUCGACAUGAAUUACGUCAUGAUGCUGCAGACAAUCUCGAUAAGUUGAUUAGAGAAAUCCGGAAUAAUCCUGGGUUUGAGGAUUUCUUGCUUGCUCCAGUCGAAUGUGCCGUGAAAGAGGCCGCGAGACACGGCCCUAUCGUUGUGAUCAACGUUAGCCCGUUACGUUGCGAUGCGCUAUUGAUCGAGCCGCACAGGGUCCGGUCCUUGGCUCUUCCUCACCUCAAGAGCCAUGAAAUCGAGGAGAAGGCGCGGCAAUACAAUCUGGACAGCCCUCGGGUCCUGGAAUGGCUUUGGGACGUGGUUGCGAAUCCGAUUCUAACCGAGAUUCGAUUGACACAACCGCCCUCCGGCGAUGACUGGCCACGUAUAUGGUGGAUUCCCACCGGGUCUCUGAGCAAAUUCCCGGUUCACGCAGCGGGGUAUCACUCCAAGUGCUCCAGGGAAACAGUGCUCGAUAGAGUCAUGUCGUCGUACAGUACCUCCAUCAGGGCCAUUAUCCACAGCCGCCGAAACGGCCGCUCUAGUAGUCCGUCAUCAACCCCUCUCAAAGCACUUCUUGUUGCCAUGCCGGACACGCCGAAUCAGAAGGCACUUCCUUUCGCAAGCGAGGAGGUCGCGAUGCUCCGAGCACUCUCUCCAUCAAUGUCGCUCCGUCCCGUAGAGCCGAAACGGUGCAAGCAAGAUGUAGUCCAGGAGCUCUCCGAUUGCGCCAUAUUCCAUUUUGCUGGCCACGGUCGGACGGACGACACUGAUCCUUCACAAAAUUGCCUGCUCUUAUCGGACUGGGAGAUUGAUCCACUGACGGUCGGCACUCUUCUCCAGAUGAAUCUCCGAAAGUGCUCACCGUUUCUUGCCUACCUCUCUGCCUGCGGGACCGGUCGUAUUGGGAAUGCGAAAUUCGUCGACGAGAGUAUCCACCUGAUCAGCGCUUGCCAAUUGGCCGGGUUUCGCCACGUCAUCGGCACGCUGUGGGAGGUGAACGACAGACUCUGUGUGGACGUUGCCAGAGUCACGUACGAGGAGAUGAGGAACCGAACGAAGGACGGACACCUUGCGGACGACGCUAUUUGCCGGGGCCUUCACAUCGCUAUCAGGCAGGUUCGAGAGCGCUGGUUGAAUAAAUCAGCACCUGCCAGAUGCGUGGCCGGGUCGAACGAGGUCGACAAACCCCCUGCAGUGGUGGAAGCGACCGUUCGAGGGACAGGUCAACAGGCCCGGAACCAUGAUAACAGGUUCGGGAGAGAUAUCGUGUCGUGUGAUGAGGACGACGAAGAAGAAUCGACAAAAUCACUAUUGUGGGUCCCCUAUGUUCAUUUCGGCGUUUGA